UAACCCUACUCCCAAAUUUGCCAUUUUGCAAUCCAGAAUCCACCAUCGUUGGCAUUCUUGGCAAGCCAAAACUAAGUUUGUUUUGCCGAAAUUUUUUCAAAAUUAAAUUUUGGUGUUGCAGUAUUUAAUUGUUGUCGACAAUUUGAAAGAAUCUUCAGUCGAGAUGUCAGACUGGGAAGACGAAGCUCCUACGCCUGCGCCAAGCACCACAUCGUUCCAAUCCAAUCAAAAUCAAAGUUAUGGUGGUGUUAGUACUGGUAAAGGACGAGGUUUUACGCCGGUGACCGACCUAGACGAUGACAAUUCAGGAGGGGGAAGGAGUUACAAUGGAAGAGGCAGGGACAACGGCUUCCGCGGAGGUCGUGGCGGUGGUGGUAGGGGUGGAGGCCGAGGGGGGCGGUACGAUAGCGAGAACGGGGGUGGCGGAGGUGGUUACAACAACUACGAUGAUGAAGACAGAGGUGGCUUUGGGGGAGGCAGAGGGGGACGUGGUGGCCGUGGAGGCGGUGGUCGCCGCUACGAUGGCGAGGAUGGAGGCGGCGGCGGAAGGCGGAACUAUGAGAACGGGGUGGCUACGGAGGCGGUGGCGACGAUACGAAAGCAGACGGGGAGGUGGUUACGGGGGCGGGAGAGGCGGACGUGGUGGCCGUGGAGGCGGUGGCUAUGGGGGUGGCGACGAUGAUGAUGACAGCAGAGGUGGUGGAUACGGGGCGGCAGAGGAGGACGUGGUGGCCGUGGAGGCGGUGGCUAUGGAGGCGGCGACGAUGAUGACAGCAGAGGUGGAUACGGAGGCGGCAGAGGCGGACGUGGUGGUGGCCGUGGAGGCGGAUUUGGCGGCGGUAGUGGUGGCUUCGGAGGCGGCGGCGAAAACGGUGGUAAGAUUCAUCUCAAUUAUUCAUGCUCGACUCUACUAUCAAAGUUGAAAUUGAAUAUAUAUUGUAUAGUACAGUAAUGAUAGAACUAGGAAAACUUCAUUCAAUAUACUAUUGAAUACGU